GAAAAGGUCCUAUUUGUCCAAACCUGUGCCUGUUUUGCGCGUGAGAGAGAGAUAGAGUGCGCGCGCGUGUGUGUGAGCGAGAGAACUGGGAAGCUCUCGGAAGAAGGGGAUUCUUGGAGAGAAGAAACCUCUGGCGAAGGCAGGCGGGCGAAAAGGGGAGCCGUUCCUAGAUAUAAGGACAUUUCUACCAUCGCCUGCCGUCACGUGACAUAAUUACCACUCGAAUCAAUCAAGAUGAAUUGCACGUCAGCACACGGUGGGAUUUUUCCCCCCUUGGUGGUGGCUGCUCCUGCCCAAAGCCUCGCGCGCAGAUAGAUGGGGCUCCUCCGGCUCCCACGCGCUGGCUCGGCUGCUGCUGCUGCUGCCGCCGCUGCCUGCUCGCCCUCGCCCAGAGGCAGCAGCAGCUGGAGGAGGAGAAGACAUGAGUGACUUUGACGACUGCGGCAGCCACGGGGCCUCCAGCAUGUACCUCCCCGGGUGCGCCGCCGCCGCCGCCUAUUACGUCUCCUCCUCGGAUUUCUCCGGCAAGCCCGCGUUCCUGUCCCAGUCGCCCUCCUGUCAAAUGAGUUUCCCUUACGCCUCCAACCUGCCUCCCCAUGUGCAACCGGUGCGCGAAGCGGCGGCGGCGGCUUUCAGGGACUACGCGGGAGGCGGCGGCGGCGGCGCAGGCGGAGGCAGCAAGUGGCCCUACCGAGGCGGCAGCUACGCGCCCAGCAGCUACUACGAGGAGGUGAUGCACGGCAGGGACUUUCUGCAGCCGGCCACCCGCAGGACAGACGUGCUCUUCAAGGCAGAUCCCGUGUGCGGAGCCCACCACCACCACGGGGCCGCCGCCGCUUCCGCAGCUGCUGCGGCCGCCGCCGCCGCUGCCGCCAACUUCUACAGCGCAGUGGGCAGGAACGGGAUCCUCCCGCAGGGCUUUGACCAGUUUUACGAGGCGGCGCAUGGCGGCGGCGGAGGCGGAGGAGGAGGCACCCCCUACCCGGAGCCAGAGGGCGACAAGGGCGACCUCAAGCUCCCCAGCAACACUUGUGGCAAAGCUUCCCCGCUGCCAGGCCAGGAAAAGAAAUUGACAAGUGAGGGCAACGCCGAGUCCCCCCGGGGGGAGGCCAGACCGGACAAGAGCAGCAGCAGCAACAGCAGCAGCAGCAGCAGCAACACCACUUCAGUUUCCCCCUUUCCUGAAUGUCCAGCACUUCCCCAGCGAUCCCGGAAAAAGAGAUGCCCUUACACGAAAUACCAGAUAAGAGAACUGGAACGGGAAUUUUUCUUCAACGUGUACAUAAACAAGAGAAAGACUCCAGCUGUCUAGAAUGCUGAACCUCACGGAUCGACAAGUCAAAAUAUGGUUCCAAAAUCGACGGAUGAAAGAAAAGAAA